GAAGUUGUUGCUGAGCCGUAGACCAUGAAAAUUGGGUAUUCAAGGCGAGUGCCGCCACUUUACGCAGGAACAAGCUGCGCGCACGCAAUCGGUGAUGGGCCGGGGCCCUGCAUGUCACCCGUACGGUAUGGUAACCAGAUAGGCUAUCAUCACGUGCCUCAAAAGUCGUCGGGAUUCUUCGUCGCGCGACCUCCGUCGAUCUUCAAGUCGCGGCAAUCCCCCAUCCUUGUCUAGAUCACUUCGCAUCCGUGUGAGCUGGCGCUGCGAUAUCGGAAGAACAGCGGACGCACCUGGUAGGUUCCUCUGCAGCUAGCACACCUUCGGAGUCCCGACCCUCAUCGUCCUGCUCUUUGCCGCCGCCGCAGCCCAUCCAAAAUGGCAGGAGCUAAGCGCAAGCGUACAGAAGCUGGCUGCUCCGAUGACGAAGAACCGGUCAAGAAUACCUCGGAUGCGGCGAAUAGCUUUGGCUUGGCUCAAACGCUUGCGAUCUUGAAUUCGGACAAAUCGACACCAAACGACAGUGUUACUUCAUCGGAAGAAACACGGAAGGCGCAAGAUGACAUGCCAGUGCAGAGAGUAUCGAAAAAGAAGCGUGUGGAUGGUGAAAAGACGAAAUAUCCGGUCCUCACCUAUGUUGAAGGUCGAUUGCAAUCAUCCAUUCGAAUUGCGGAUCUCCAGAGUCUGCUACUCUACUGCUUCGCUGAUGGCAUCGCACCACAAUGGAUUUCGGUCAAGCACUCCGGUCACGUCAGGAAGAUUGUCGUACUGAUGGUGCCUGGCCUGGAAUUGGGGAUGUUUGAUGGGUCAAUUUCUUUGGAUGUGGACGCUGUCGGUGAUGAGAAGGCGUCCAUUGGGGAGAAGGAGCAGGAAUUAGCGGAUGCCAAUGCGAUGGAGGAUACCAGAGCGGCAGACUAUGCUCGCUGGAAACAAGGCCUGCCGCUUGAGGACCGAUCACAUCGGUUCAAUCCCCGUCCUCUUUCCCGUGGGGACCUUCCAGCACCCCUACAGCCUCUAGCGGAUAUGUUCCCUCACGCCUGGCCCGUGAAAGCCCCCGGCGAUUCCAAGUAUAAUAAGAUUCACUCCCCGCUCCAGGCGAUUCUUCUCUCUGCGCUGCCCAAAACCAAGGACAGUAACACAAAGGGAGCGAAACCGCCCAGGGUGGACAAGAAUCUUGUCUUCCAGCGCACUCCGAUCACCACUUUCAUCAGUUCCGUGGAAGAUCUUCAGGAGAAUGACUACGUUCUUCACCCAGCCGUGCUCGCCACAGAACAAGGAAAGCUGGCUCUGGCGGAGAGCCGCAAGCGAGCUGGCCAGUCCAUUGAAGACGGAUGGGUCGAUACCCAUGUUGAGAGCUUGGAAGCUGGGAAAGUCCCGGACUCGGAAAUUCAACAAGGAAGCAUGACCGCAGGUCGGGAUGUGUUCGCGUUGGAUUGCGAGAUGUGCGUUACAGAAGGCGGUCAAUCCGAGCUCACGCGCAUCAGCAUGGUCCGUUGGGACGGUGAAGUCGUACUAGAUGAGCUGGUGAAACCCCAACGACCCAUCAUCGAUUAUCUGACUCGAUUUUCCGGUAUCACGAAAGAAUUACUAGAUCCUGUCACCACCAGCCUCGCGGACAUCCAACAGAAGCUCCUCUCCAUUCUCUCUCCCCGUUCAAUUCUUGUCGGCCACUCCCUCAAUUCCGACCUGAACGCCUUGAAACUUACGCACCCUUUCAUUGUCGACACCACAUUCAUCUACCCCCAUCCUCGCGGUCCUCCGCUCAAGUGCAGUCUGAGGUGGCUUACCCAGAAGUAUCUCGGAAAGGAGAUCCAGAAAGGCCAGACCGGUCAUGACUCGAUCGAGGAUGCGCGCGCUGUGCUCGAGCUCGUGAAGCAGAAAUGUGAAAAGGGCGAGCGAUGGGGCACCAGUGAGGCCUCCAACGAGAGCAUCUUUAAGCGCCUUGCACGCUCCAUGCGCUCAGGAAAGUCCUCGAACAACGAAGGCCGCACAGGCGCCGUUGUCGACUGGGGUAACCCCGAGCGCGGCUUCGGAUCGCAGGCGACUGUGGCCAUCGGGUGCAGCAACGACAACGAUGUAGUCAAGGGCAUCUCCUCCGUAGUCAACGGCGACGCGAGCAACACCUCCAUUCCUGGCGGUGGGGUUGACUUCACCUGGGCACGGUUGCGCGAACUGGAAGUGUAUCGCGGAUGGUGCAACCGGCUGCCCGAUCCCAACAACGCCAACGAGUCGACGACGCUCGUCCCCCCACCCGAGGAGACCACGCCGACCUCCGCUGCGGUGCCGACCACCAAGGAAGCCACUCGGAAUCUGUCCGACACCGUGUCCCGCACCGUCUCCAGCAUCCACCAAAUCUACCAAUCCCUGCCCCCCUGCACACUCUUCCUCGUCUACUCCGGCACCGGUGACCCCCGCCAAGUCAGCCGCCUCCAAGCAAUGCACAAGACGUUCCGCGAGGAAUUCAACUCCCGCAAGCCGUGGGAUGAAUUGACCGUCAAGUGGACCGACACCGAGGAACAGGCACUCAAGAAGGCCUGUGAGCGCGCUAGAGAAGGUUGUGGGUUUAUGUGUGUGAAGUAAAUAACGCCUUAACUCUCGCCUUGUUACUUUCCUCCAUAAGCUGUUUUUAACCAGGUAGCAGACCGGGGUCAAGGUACAGUGCAUGGUGGUUGAGAGCUGGUGCGCUCUUCAGAAAUACCUUCCGUGGGCUCUUUCGGAAUCUCCCCAUGCUUUAAUUGGAUGCACUCAUCCCCGCUCAUGGCCACAUCACCGAUCUACUAGUACUUCCACUGAGUGGUAGUACUAUCUACUUUUUACUCUAUGCCUACCUAAAUAUGGAACAGGUACGGCCAUUCUGGAAUGAGAACAUCUUUGUAUUGGAUUGGAUUG